UACAAAUCUCUCGUGUCAAAUUGUAGCUUGUAAAGAUCAAAAAGUGAACAGAGCGCGAAGAAUCAUGUUAUCCAUAAGACAACAUUUCACAUAAAUCAUCCUGCAUCAAGUCUAACGUCGCGUUAUUUAAAUUGCUAAGUAGAUUAAAAAACUGGAGCAGCAUACUGAUCGUAACGCGAGUAUCAAAGUUCUUUUAAUUAUACAAGUGGUGCGACAUUAGCGCCUGAUAGAAGACUCACGGUUCAUUGGCGAGAUAUCAGCGACUCUGUUUUGCGGACAUGUGUUAAUGAAACUAGUAAAGUAGAGAUCAUGCUUAUCAAUAUUUAUUCGCUCUGUCAUGUCAUCAGCAUAAAUGCAAUAUGGACGUCUCAAGAGCGUUACAUUGAGAAACAAAUCAGUUAAGUGGAAGUAUUCUCCGCAUUGCAGUGGAAUCCGCGUAUUUCCCGCGUCCGCGCCUCACGGCUAUUUCUACUCGUGAUAUAUUCAGCACUGAACGCACUAAAUCACUAAACACGCUCGGACACUGUUUCGUAAUUUAUUCCAAAUAGAAUUGUUUUGUGGUGUACGUUAACAUGUGUAGAACCGGAAGAAAGGAUUGAAAAAGUUGAUACAGAAAGAACGUUAAAUAAGAUUGAUAGUGUGUUUUUAGUGUUAAAUUAGCAUUGAUGAGUGAUUAUUUGCCAUUGUAAACAAUUCACAAUGUAAAUUAUUCAUGAGAUAAGAGCGAUAACUUGAUAUUUUGGAAAAAAACAAUGUCGUACGUCUGCAGGAAGCAGAUAUCAACGUAGGGAAUUCUGCUACCUAACAGGAAAAUGUUUAAAUCUUACUGGUGACUAAGUACAGAUAACGUCGAUUAUGUGAGAUAACACUAUAUAUGGACUUUCCUCAACUAUAUUAUGCCCCCAGUGUUUAUAAACUUUUAGUUCGUGUCUGACUUGUGUAAACGACACAAGUGUGAAAAAAUGCUUUCUUCAUUAAAUCCGGUUUCGCGAUACGUCGCGUCUGGAGUUUUAAAUCAACAUUGUUCACGAUGCUUUUCUACGUUGCAUGCUAAUUUUCGAGAAAGACGACAGCUGCGAAAAUCAAUUAUUCAAGCGAGGGCUAAUUUUUGUCAAGCAAACAAAGCUGCUCAUAUGUUCAAUCCUGGUGAAUUUCCAAUAUUAGAUAAAACCGUUGGACAGUUAUUAGGCGAAGCGGCUGCAACGUGGCCGGAGCGGACCAGCGUCGUUUCGAUCCCGCAAAACAUUCGUCUAACGUUCUCCGAACUUCUUCGACGGGCUGACACGUUGGCCGCCGGUUUCAAGAAGUUGGGCAUGAAGAAGGGCGAUCGACUGGGCAUUUGGGGUCCGAAUAGUCUCGAGUGGCUCAUAGCUUCCCUGGCUGCUUCAAGGGCAGGAUUUAUCGUCGUCGCUAUUAAUCCCGCUUAUCAACAGAAUGAACUAGUGUACUGUCUGCAAAAAGUUGGCGUGAAAGCGAUCGUCUCACCCGAUAUAUUUAGAACGCAGAACUAUCCGCAGAUGCUGCUCGCCGCCAAAGAAAUGUGUCCCACUUUGAAACACAUCAUCAUUUAUUCCGCUGAUCAUGUGACCGGUACGCAUCGUUUCGCUGAUGUCGAGGCAUCGCCGACAAAAGCGGAAGUGGAUGCGAUUGCUGCUGAGCAGACUGAAAUAUCAUGCAACGACGGAUGCAAUAUACAGUUCACGUCCGGUUCCACCGGAAGGUCAAAGGCUACACUAAUUUCGCAUAAAUCGCUCGUAAACAAUAGCAAAGAGGCUACGCAAAGAGCGAAGAUAAAUAUCGAGAACAAAAUAUGUUUAAACAUGCCACUGUUCCACGCAUUUGGGAUGGUGAUGGGACAAUUACUCAUCCUUCACACAGGAAACACUCUCGUUAUGGAAGGACACUACUUCGAUCCGAUAAAAACCUUGAAGGCGAUAGCGCAAGAAAAGUGUGCCGUAACGUACGGAACGCCAACUAUGUGGGUGAACUUAGUCGAGGCGCAGCAGCGGUUACAGCUACCGAUAGACAGCCUUCAGGCAGGAAUUACCGGUGGUGCACCAGCUUCUUCUGAACUCUUCAAGCGAAUACGAGGAGUGCUUCGCUUCGACGACAUAAUGAGCAUAUACGGUCUCACCGAAACGACGGCUAUCGUAUUUCAAUCGAUUCGCGGGGAGAAUAAACACUUUGCGGAGAACACUGUAGGCCAUUUGGCGAAUCAUGUUGAAGCAAUGGUUGUCGAUCAAAAUGGUUUACCGGUCCCGUUUGGAACACGUGGCGAACUUUGGACACGCGGAUAUUGCAAUAUGUUAUAUUAUUGGGACGACGAAGAAAACACAAAGAAGACUUUAACGCAGGAUGGUUGGCUGAAAACUGGCGAUCAGUUUAUCCUUCAAGAAAACGGAUAUGGUGUUAUAGUUGGAAGAAUUAAAGACAUGCUAAUUCGCGGAGGAGAAAAUAUCUUUCCUAAGGAGAUUGAAGACUUUCUAAUGAUCCACCCUAAAAUAUUAGAGGCGCAAGUAUUUGGAGCGUAUGACGAAGUUUACGGAGAAGAGAUUUGUGCGUGCAUUCUACUUCGCGAUGGUACCAGCAUGACGAAGCAGGAGUUGAAAGAUUAUUGUAAAGGCAAAAUAGCCCACUUCAAAAUACCGCGUUAUAUAGAAUUUGUAAAAGAAUAUCCAAAGACAACUAGUGGAAAAAUUCAGAAAUUUCGUUUAAAAGAACAAAUGGAGAGCAGAGGUGUAAUACCAACGGCGUCAACUCAAUCGUGACAAUUUUAAUUGUUAUAAUUAGAAAUUUGUAAAUUAAUUAUACAUUUAAUUACAAUUAUAAA